AAUCUUCAUAUACAGUAUCACUCUACUAUAAAUACCCCCUCAUUCCCAUCCUCCACCGUCGUCCCCAAACCCCGCCCAAAAUCACCCAAUUAACCCAAUGUCGCCGGCGACGAUAACCUUUGCCGCCCUGAUCGUCAUGGCGGCGAUCUACUGCGGAACGAACCCUUUCAAUCACGGAGCCAUGGCCGGAUUUCCGGGCUUCGAGACCUACAAGGUGGAGCUCCCUCCGGCGACUGCGGUGCCGGCGGAUGCGGUGGAUUCCGAUGACCGGCUCACGGCGGCGGAGGUGAGGUUCAUGAAUCAGGUGCAGGGGCCGGAGAGCAUCGCCUUUGAUCCCACCGGCGGAGGGCCUUACACCGGCGUUGCGGAUGGUAGGGUUUUGUUCUGGGACGGGGAGCGGUGGAGGGACUUCGCCUUCACUUCGCCAAACAGGUCAACAAUAUGUGAUCCAAAGCCCUCUGCCUCAAGUUAUCUGGAGAAUGAGCAUAUCUGCGGCAGGCCAUUAGGCCUUCGCUUCGACAAGAAAACAGGAGACUUGUACAUUGCUGAUGCAUAUUAUGGGUUACUGAAGGUUGGUCCCCAAGGUGGUUUAGCUUCAUUACUAACCUCAGAAGCUGAGGGAAUCCCUUUCAAGUUCACAAAUGACUUGGAUAUAGAUGAAGAAGGAAAUGUAUAUUUCACUGUUAGCAGUAACACAUACUAUCGAAGAAAUUUCCUGCAAUCAAUAUUUACUGGGGAUCCAACAGGCAGGCUGCUGAAAUAUAAUCAUAUUACAAAGGAAACAAUAGUGCUCCUCCAUGGUCUUCAGUUCCCAAAUGGUGUCUCUCUAAGCAAAGAUGGAUCCUUCUUGGUGUUCUGCGAAAGCUCGCGCAAUAGGUUAACGAGAUAUUGGCUGAAAGGAGAGAAAGCUGGAACACCUGAGCUCUUUGCCAUUGUACCUGGUGCUCCAGACAAUGUAAGAACUAAUGAGAAUGGUGAAUUCUGGGUGGCAAUCCAUUGUCGUCGCCGUACAAUCACUUAUUUUUUUGCCAUGUUUCCAAAGAUAAGAAAGUUCUUCCUGAAGCUUCCUAUUCCAACCAAGUUACAGUAUCUGACGCAUGUGGGAGGUAAGCUUCAUGCUUUGAUCAUCAAGUAUGGACCAGAUGGAAACAUGUUAAGAGUUCUGGAGGAUAGACAAGGGAAGGUGGUGAGAGCAGUCAGUGAAGUGGAGGAGAGGGAUGGAAAGCUUUGGAUUGGUUCAGUUCUUAUGCCUUAUAUUGCAGUCUAUGCUGAUGAAGAUUCUUAAGUUGUUGUUGUUUAGGAAAUGCUUUGCUAGCCAAAUAAAAAGCUAAUGGAUGUCUUCAGGGUUGUUGCAUGGAUGGCAGGUGGAAGUAUAUGUGAAUUGCUUGCCACAUGUCAUUCAUACAAUGCCACAUGGACUUUUAGGCUAUGUUCUAUGUAAUCUAGUAUUUUGUGUGGAUUGAGUGUGGUGUGUACAUAGUUAAGUCUUGUUAUGGAUAAUUUGUGUUUAAUGCCAGUUAUUAGCUUGUGUUUGGUUUCA